AGUUCCGUUCGCGCGAAACACGCCGAACGGCAAUCCGCCCAUACAGCCCUAGGAAGCUGCGCAAGGGUUGUCGGGAUGCUGGAGGAAUUGGGUGGGGGAGGGUGAGAGUAUGGCGGCCGUCAGGCAAGGAAGAUCAUCGUCUGUUCUGUCAUCUGUUCCCCUACAGAUCCUUUUCUUUUUAGAUGGAAUUUAUUACAUAUUUUAUUUUUUAGCAGCACUUCUAAUGAUUAUUUAUAAAAGUCAGAUUUUCACUUAUCCAUAUAACUUAUUGACUCUUGAUCUUGUAUUGCUGUUCUUUAUGGCACUUCUCGAAGCUAUCCGUUUGUACUUUGGUACUAAAGGCAACUUGAGAGAAGAGGAAGCUCCCCUUGGGAUCAGUCUUGGGAUCACUGUUGGCAGUGUGUUUCUGUCAGUCUACUUUUUAGUGUGGCAAACAUAUAUCCUGAGAGCAGAUGUCAUUAUUAAUGUGGUGCUACUUGUUGCAUAUGGACUUGAAGGAAUUCUACAAAUCGUAGCAAUUGCUGCCUUUGUCAGCUAAAUCAUGUUGAUGCUUGUAUAGAUGGUUUUUUUUUCUGCGUUUUCUUGCAAUGGGAGCAACAUUUAAAAAUUAUACAAAGGAGAUGUCUAGAAACUAUGUUUAAUAUGAAUUUUACCUUUUAUGACAUAUUUUAUGACAUAUCACUUAUGACUGUAUAACUGUAACUUUGUUGCUUGUAUCCUUACAAUUUAUAUUGAUAUUGUUUCCUGAUUGCUUAUUUGUACCCUAUGACUAUCAUUAAGUGUUGUACCUUAUGAACAUAUCUUUUUUUAUGUACACUGAGAGCAUAUGCACCAAGACAAAUUCCUUGUGUGUCCAAUCACACUUGGUCAAUAAAAAAUUCUAUUCUAUUCUA